UGAGGGAGGCAGGCCCUGAUCGGAGAGGUAGUAGGGAGCCCAAGUUUUGAAGGAAACUGCCAUUACGUUGUAGUGAACUUUGUUUUGGGUGGUGGGAGCUUGAAAAGGCCCUUAGCAAGGUUUCUGGAGACUUGUAUGAAGAACAGGGUUAAGAGUCCAUGAUCCUAGGUCUGGGAUGGGGAUAUUUUAAGGGUUCACGAGUUCUGGGUUUCGGGAUUAACUCUCAGGUUGAUUGUGGGGUGAUGCGAACAUGGAGCGAAGCUCCUCGCCCACUUUGGGCUGCAUCAUUUGGGGUGUACUUCAGUUUGAGUGGUCCCCAGACACAUGAUUUUAUCACCACGAUCGCCAAAGAUAAAUGAACUGUCUUUUAUCCCUAGUUCACAUUAUGGCUCAUUUUGUGCUGCAGUUUUGAUGCUUAUCAGGGCUGGUAACACCAUGUAUCAGGAGACCAGUACUAUUUAGAACAAAUAUCUUUUUAAUUAGCAUUCUCGAUCCAAUUUAGGAUUUCUUUAAAGAAGGGACGGUAUAUUCUUUCCAAAAUCGUGUGAUGCUUUAAUCGUUUUCAGUGCAUGUCCUCGUGGCAAGGAGCCUAGAUAUCAGAGCUCUUUGUUUAUGUACGAGAAGCAAGUACAGUGGUUGGAUGAAUUCUUCUGGAGUCUCUGCUGCUGAAUGCUCAUCUUGAUAGGCCUGUAUUAGACAGUGGCACCUGGAGAGAUCAUUAGCCUGAGUCAGCCUGGUGACAUUAGAACAGGAUUUGAGUCAUAAUCGGUUGUCUGACUGGAAUAUCAGCUUGGAAUGGCAAACAUUACAGGAAGUGAAAAUGAAUUACAAUGAACUAACAGAAAUCCCUUAUUUUGGAGAACCAACCUCUAAUAUUACUCUACUCUCAUUAGUACAUAAUAUAAUUCCAGAAAUAAAUGCAGAGGCACUCCAGUUUUACCCUGCUCUGGAGAAUUUAGAUCUCAGCUCAAAUGUAAUAUCAGAAAUCAAGACAUCGUCAUUUCCUCGAAUGCAGCUUAAAUACCUGAAUUUAAGUAAUAAUAGGAUAACCACCUUGGAGGCUGGUUGCUUCGAUAAUUUAUCAAGUUCCUUAUUAGUGGUAAAGUUAAACCGUAAUAGAAUUAGCAUGAUUCCACCCAAGAUCUUCAAGCUGCCUCACCUCCAGUUCUUGGAACUUAAAAGAAACAGGAUUAAAAUUGUGGAAGGUCUAACAUUCCAAGGGCUUGACUCCUUAAGAUCUUUGAAAAUGCAGCGGAAUGGAAUUAACAAACUUAAGGAUGGAGCAUUUUUUGGCUUGGAUAACAUGGAAGAACUAGAACUGGAACACAAUAACCUUACAGAAGUGAACAAGGGGUGGUUGUAUGGCUUGCGAAUGUUACAACAGCUCUAUGUGAGCCAGAAUGCUAUUGAGAAAAUCAGCCCUGAUGCAUGGGAGUUCUGCCAAAGACUAUCUGAACUUGAUUUGUCUUAUAACCAGUUGACCCGCCUGGAUGAAUCUGCCUUUGUGGGUUUAAGUUUACUGGAGAGAUUGAAUUUAGGGGACAACAGAGUCACUCACAUUGCUGAUGGUGUAUUCAGGUUUCUUUCCAAUCUUCGCACACUAGACUUAAGAAACAAUGAAAUUUCAUGGGCCAUUGAAGACACUAGUGAAGCCUUUUCUGGACUCACGAGUCUCACUAAAUUAAUAUUACAAGGAAACCAGAUUAAGUCAGUUACAAAGAAAGCAUUCAUUGGUCUUGAAUCCCUUGAGCAUAUAGAUUUGAACAACAAUGCUAUAAUAUCUAUCCAAGAAAAUGCUUUUUCUCAGACUUGCUUGAAAGAACUGAUUCUGAACACAAGCAGUUUGCUCUGUGACUGCCAUUUGAAGUGGUUAUUUCAAUGGCUGGUUGAUAAUAAUUUUCAACAUUCUGUGAAUGUAAUCUGUGCACACCCUGAAUGGCUAGCAGGGCAAAGCAUCCUGAAUGUGGAUCUGAAAGAUUUUGUCUGUGAUGAUUUUCUCAAGCCACAGAUAAGGAUGCAUCCUGAAACCACAGUUGCUUUAAGAGGCAUGAAUGUGACUCUGACAUGCACUGCAGUGAGCAGCAGCGAUUCACCCAUGUCCACUAUGUGGCGCAAAGACAGUGAAAUCCUGUAUGAUGUGGAUAUUGAGAAUUUUGUUCGUUAUCAGCAGCAAGCUGGAGAAGCCCUGGAGUAUAUUAGUGUCUUACAUCUUUUCAAUGUGAAUUUCACAGAUGAAGGAAAAUACCAGUGUAUUGCCACUAAUCACUUUGGUUCCAAUUAUUCUCAUAAAGCCAAACUGACUGUGAAUGAGAUGCCAUCUUUUCUGAAAACUCCAAUGGAUCUCACUAUUCGCACUGGUGCCAUGGCCAGAUUAGAAUGUGCUGCAGAAGGACACCCUGCACCACAGAUUUCCUGGCAGAAGGAUGGUGGUACUGACUUUCCUGCAGCUCGAGAAAGACGCAUGCACGUCAUGCCUGAGGAUGAUGUAUUCUUCAUUGCAAAUGUGAAAAUAGAAGACAUGGGAAUCUAUAGCUGCAUGGCACAAAAUAUAGCAGGAGGCCUUUCAGCAAAUGCCUCACUAACAGUGUUAGAGACACCCUCAUUUAUUAGACCCCUGGAGGACAAGACAGUAACCCGAGGUGAAACCGCAGUAUUACAGUGCAUAGCUGGAGGGAGUCCUACGCCUCGCCUCAACUGGACCAAAGAUGAUGGGCCACUGCUGGUGACAGAACGGCACUUCUUUGCUGCAGCCAAUCAGCUUCUCAUCAUUGUAGAUGCGGGGCUAGAAGAUGCUGGGAAAUACACCUGCAUUAUGUCUAACACCCUUGGGACGGAACGUGGUCACAUUUACCUAAAUGUCAUUUCAUCCCCCAAUUGUGAUUCUUCACAGACUAGCUUUGGGCAUGAGGAUGAUGGCUGGACCACAGUUGGCAUUGUCAUCAUUGUUGUGGUCUGCUGUGUUGUGGGCACCUCUUUGAUCUGGGUCAUUGUCAUUUAUCACAUGCGAAGGAAAAAUGAAGACUAUAGUAUCACGAACACAGAGGAGCUUAAUCUGCCUGCAGACAUUCCCAGCUACUUGUCUUCCCAAGGAACAUUGUCUGAGCCACAGGAAGGCUACAGUAACUCUGAGGCAGGCAGUCACCAGCAACUUAUGCCUCCUGCCAAUGGAUACAUACACAAAGGCACUGACGGUGGCACUGGUACCCGGGUUAUCUGCUCAGAUUGCUAUGACAAUGCCCACAUCUACUCCAGGACCCGAGAAUACUGUCCAUAUGUCUAUAUCGCUGAGGAGGAUGUUCUGGAUCAGACAUUGUCCAGCCUCAUGGUCCAGAUGCCAAAAGAGACAUAUUUGGCACAUCCUCCCCAAGAUGCCGUUGCCGUGGAGAGUCUGAUGUCAUCAGCAAACAGAGAGAUGUCUGCCUUUCCCACCAACCAUGAAACGAUAAAUGAAAAGAAACUUUCUUCCAUACAGAUGAGCAGUGAAACACUGCAGCAGCCUCUGUGGAACAUAAAGAAAGAAUUCGGCCUCCCUCAUCCUCCCUUUUCCCAGCAGCCAGUCCACGAGUCACCACACCUCGGAAGUGAGGGCCUGGCAGAGAGUGAUCCAGACUGUUCCGCUUCCCCCAUGCCCUGUCACAGGUUGCACGACCACACUUUUGAUUUUAGGAGGACUCAGAACAUUCAAGAUGGUAGUGAGGGCACAUGAAACUCACUUCAGGGUGAAAUCUGGGCAGAGACUCAAAUCAAUUAAUUUUGUAUUUACUACCUCAAGAGUUCAGAAGACACCCCAAAGUUAGCAUUUGCUUUGCUCUGUUUACAUUAUAUCUCACCAUACCAAGGUAGGCCAGGCAUUUGUUAAGAGUUUAUACCUGACAAAGAAAGGAUCACAGCUGACAGAAAUGGGUAUAUUUAACCAAAAAUGUGGCACUGCAGAGGAAGAUACUGGCAAUCAUGCUUCCUGAUGGUUCCACAGGGAUGUAUCCAGUUGUGCGUUGCCUAUCAGGAGGAGUCUCGUUGCUGCUAAACAAGCUGGAUUGUCUCAGUCCUCGAAAUGAUUCUGAGAAAACAUCACUGUUUGACUUUGCUUUCCAAGGAGUGAAAAUAACUGGAGCCUUCUGGGAAGUGUGCUUGGGAUUCUUCAGCGGUUUGAAGCAUAUAGUUGAGACGGGGGCUUUGAUAUUCAAGGUCUUUGGCAAGAAUCCCAGGCUUGCCCAACUGGUACAGGUCAUAGGGUUUUGUAUUCUUGUGAUUCUUUUUAUUUCCCCCCUUAUCACCCAGGGAUCUCAUUGUAAAUAUAUUUGCAUUUAUAAAUAAGUUUUGUAUUCAUUGACUGUAUUUGUUGGCUGCCAUGUAAAUAUUUUUUGAUAUGCCAAAAUUAUAUAUAAUAUAUCCAGUUAUGACAUUGACCUGCUUCUCAGAUCAGAGAUUUUGUAUGACUUGGUUUAGUGACAUCUAAAGACUUUGUGACAAAGUACAUGUAUAGAGGCAGGGUACCUGGUGAUUGGGUACACACAAACACGGUCUUGCUGUAAUUAACGACUUUCUUCAUUCUGAAAAGUUCAGACAUCAAAUCAUUUGUCAUCUGUUUACAAGUGCCAGGUGAUAUUACCUUCCCAGUGUACAAGACUUGCUCUUUCAUAGGACUGGCAGUCCUGUCACAGCCAUAUGCACGUAGAUAUAGGAAAAAUUGUUUGUGGAAAAUCUUCUUUCAACAAAGUACUUAGUUGACAAGGAAACCAAAGCCUGCUUCUUUUCUGUAUUUAAUUUUUAAUGUCUCUUUUACCAGUGCACAGUAUAUCUUAUAGAGAGAGAGGCUGGGCAGAAAUUCCUAUACUACAAAGUUUUGGGGGUGGUCCUUGUUUUGUACAAGCGAUUAAGCCAAAAAUUUUUUCUUUGAUUUCUGGUGGCAAAAAGCUUUAUGUAAACAAAGGACUUAACACUAAUGGAUCUUAAUGGACUAAAGUUCUUCUCUCUUUAUGCUUUCAGAUUUCCUCACACAGGCUGUCAGAUUGUAUCUUCUAAAUCUAGUAAGUACUAGUUACUUAUUAGAAACUUGAGUCACUUUAAUAAAAAGUUCUGAGUUAUUGUGCACUUCAAGUGUUGUAAAUUCAUGUGUAAUUUCUUAGCUUUCUGCCAGAACGUUCAGCUGAAUUUCAUACUAGUUUUCAAUCCUAAAUUUCUCUCCAAUAGGCAGCAGCACUUAUUUAGCCGUUUACUACCACCACACCCUUUUCUUCUUCCUUUUCAAACUGUCAGCCCCUGUAAAUUUUCACUUUGAACUUCUUUAAUUUCACUUGCAGUGUCUCUUUCCUCUCUCUUCAACUGUGAUCCCUCUUACUGGGUUAUAAUAUAAUCAGUACUGGACUUGCUUGGAGUAAAGAGAACUGGUUCAGUUUCUGGCUUUGCUACUUACUAGUUGUGUGGUCAAGGGAAAGUACCUUUACUUCUCUAGACCUCAAUUUUCUUUAUGAAAUGAGAGCAUUUUACUCUAUGCUCUUAAAGCCCUUUGCAGCUGUGUAACAUUCUGUGACUCUGUGCUCUCUCCAGGAACCAAGGAGGAUUAUGCUACUCUAAUAAGCAGCUGCUUUCAUAAAAUGUUUGGUAGAGUAGAACAGUAAUGAUGCUGUCUGCUCUGACUAGAUUUCUUUCCUUUAUAGUAGGACUAAUGGUGUAGGAGGAGAAAAAAAAAUAUUCUGCUUCUAAACAGUAUCAGUAAACAUAAAAGUAUCUUGACUCAAUUGAAAGCCACCCAUUGUCCUCUAGAACAGCAGAUCUGAAUGCUAGGAUUAUAGCACACCAGUGUAUCAGAAUCAGUUGAGAAAGUUAAUUACUAUCAGAACUUUGUGUUGAACUUUGUGAUUCACUUACCUUUCUCUAAUACAUUUAAGAUUAUCCCUGUGAUUACAGUAAUAGUACUCAAAUUCUGAUAGAGUUUCUUGAGUUAAAAGAGGUAGAGUUAGGGCUGGGUUUUUGCUGUCUGUGUGAGGAGACAGAAAGGCUGCAACCAGUGCUCUGGAAAAUUAUAAUAUACAAGUGCUCUGUGCUCAGCAGUGGCUCUUCUGCCAGGGCUGUCAGAGCCUGGUCUUUUGAAGGGCCAGGUUGUUUCUGGCCUGUCAACUCAAAUGGUUGAGACAUCCUCCUAGAUAUUCCCAGCUUCCCUAAAAUAACUUGUCAGUUAUCUGUUUAAAUGUGAAUAGCCUACCCCUCAUCUUUAGAAAAAAAUCAAUUUAGUACAUUCUAAGCCUGGGAGAAGGAAUUGCUGAAACUUGUCAUUAUUGCAUUUAUUUUUGACCAAGCAGUGACUUAACUGUGAUAUAAACUGGAUUAGUAAUUUUUUCCUAGCAGUGUAAUGUCUGUCUAAUGUCAACUAGGGAUGUUGCAAAAGCAAAGUAAAUUGAAAUGCUGAGAGAAAUACCUCUUGCCGGCUACCCAAUUACUAAUUCAUUUCAGUAGGGAUACAUAAAUUCUCUUAAUUUGUUUGUGCCUCUCUCAGACUGAUCCUCCAAGUCUACCUGGAAGAAGAAAUAGUAUUUUCUUUGAGCUCCAAGACUUACUGGCACAGGGUCUAUGCCCAUGAUAUUGGCUUUCUGUCACUCAGCAGUUUCUAAAGUGCUUUCCCUAGUAUGCAGGCUACUUUCUAGUAUAAGAAAUAUCAAACCCAGCCCAACAUGCAGUUGCCCCUAGAGUGCCACCUCAGAAUGCUUUAAAUGUAUAUUUUUCUGUAAGUUAACUUUCAUGCUUAAAAGCAGUUGUCUUCUGUGAGUUGUUUUGGACAUUCUGGCUACAGCUGAAUGAAGUCACAUGGUGUUUCCCUUUUGUUACCUCAUUCUUCUGAAACAUCCCCUUUCCUUCACCUAGACCCACCUUACUUGACCCUAAAAACCUUGUUAUGUUGGUGAUGGACAAAGGGGAGAAAUUGACCGUCUAUGGUUUUCUUUCACACCCUGAGUCCACAGCAGCUUCUGGCUCUCAUAAUUUCCACGCCUUCAAGGUUCCUCCUCAAAUUUUGUAUCCCAUAAACUGAGUGGGGUGUUCUGAAUCUUACUUUGAUUGAAUAUCCCCAUUAAUAAAAGAAACAGUGUUGAUUAACAACAACAACAAAAAAGCAAUUGUCUUCACAUUGCCCUUAGGGAAGUUAUAAAAGAAACAUUAAGAUGUCAAGUACUUUAGGCCCCAUUAUCCGUUUUUCCUAAGAAAAGGAAGAUAUGAUAGAAGUCCUUACUUAAAAGGUUGGCCCAUGAAAUAAGGAUUAGAUACACUGUUUUUAUUCCAGAGGACAGGGCUCAAAUCAGUGGGGUAAAAGCUGCAGGGGGACACAGUAGACACUUUCUAAUCAUUUUCAAGAGAAGCUUAUUUAGAUUUGCCUGACAGUUGAGAAAUAAUCUGCCUUGAAAAGGAGUGAGCUCCCCAUCACAGGAAAUAUACAUGUGGAAGCUAAAUAACCAUCUGUUAACAGCAUUGAAGAAACUUCCACAUUGAGACAAAAUAUGGGCAAAAUGACUUUUAAGAUCUCAGUGUUUUCAUUAAGAUCUCAGUGUUUUCAUUGGAAAUCCCCAGAAACAAUCUGAGACUCUUAAGAACUUUGUCCUUCAAAAUCCUUUUAGUCUGAAUAGAGCACUUCAGAAUUUUUUUUUUUUUAACUGAAGAAUUUUGGUCUUUGGUUCACAAAAGGGGCCUGACCUGUGUUAAUUGCCAAAAACAUGAAACUAAGCUUAUUCUUUCUAGGGAAAUUUAUAACUAGUUACCAAUGCAAAUGGUAUUGUCAUAAAAAACAUUUUAAAGCCUCUAUGUGUUAUAACUCUCCCUUUUACUCUUUGAUUAAUUUUUAUUCCUGUUCUUAGUGGAACCCCAUUUGGAGAGGGGUAAUAGUUGUAGUGUUCAGAUUUAUACUUAGAUUUUUUUUUCCCAAGUGUGUUGUGGCUUUUCCUAAUAAAAAUCCACAGAAAUGCCAGAAAGGUUAACGGAGAAACAGAGGUAGAUUUGCUGUCAUUUUAUGCUACAUCCUCCAUUUCUUAUUUUGCUUCUUGAUGGCAAAUUAUAGAGGUAAUUGUGAAGCAGUUGGACCUUAGAAGAUUGAGCUGAGAGUUUUUGGCAGCUUGUAAGUAAUGUUUCAUUUUUCUGUUACAUGUUCUCUUUCCCACUACAGUUUGGCAGAUGUUUUUUACCUCCUACUACUUCUACCUUAAAACUUUCUUUUUAGUACAACCUAAACCAACAUCGUUUUCUUUCUCUUUUGGAUAGCUACGUGGUUUGCUGACAAAAAUAACAAGUUCUGAAUUAAGAUACAAGCCACUCUUAACAACAUCAGAAAACGCAUGAACCCUCUGAAGGUUUUGUGGGUGGUAAGGUGUGUGUGCACAUGCAUGCAUGCAUUUUAAGAGUAAGAUUUGGACCUGCUCCCUCAAGGUUUUGCGUUGAGUAUGUCUUAGCAGUCCUAAUCCCCACCAAGGGAUGAUGGUGAACAAACAGCCUGGCUUGUGCCUGUUUUCAGAUGGAAAGAAGUGAAGUAAUCUUUUACCAAUUUUAACUGUCUUGAAAGAAAUUUAUCAUCAGGUAGUGAAGUGCUCUUGGAUUAUUUCUUCGCUCUUUAAUUUGGCCUCUUGAUCCAUAAGGAGAUUUAUUUCUGAACCUUAUGCUUUUCCCCUGUUGUCUCUUCUUUUUUCCCCUAUCCAAGGAUGUCAGUCUGAGCAGCCCUGGUACUAGAUGCACCUAAAGAGAGUUAUAAGCCAAAUCAUUGGUCACUGUGUUCAGAUACUUCCUAGUAUCUGUUUAUAUUUUCUCAAACAUAAGAAUGUAUAUUUUAUAGGCAUGUGUUUGUCUAUUUGAUUGUCUACUGUAAAUGUGUUCAAUAAAGCUAAAAUACAUUCUGA